AUUAAUCAAAUCGACUUCGUUUUCGUACUGUCUCGUGGACCGUGACUCCGACGCCGUUUCCACUCUUGAAUUCGACUCGCCGAUGCCGCGCAACGCUGUCACCGCGCCGCUUUUGCGGAACCCCGAGCUCGACACGUUCUAUUACCUCGGUUUGAAAGGAAUCAGCGUUGGUGGAGAGACUCUACCGGUACCUGAGUCGAGCUUUGCUGUCGAUGCCACCGGAGGAGGCGGCAUCAUUGUCGAUUCCGGCACGGCCGUGACACGGCUACGGAGCGAGGUGUACGACGCGCUCCGCGACGCGUUCGUGAGGGGGGCGCAGGGGUUGCCGAAGGCGAACAGUGUGUCGUUGUUCGACACGUGCUACGACUUGUCAUCGAGGAACACUGUGGAGGUGCCGACAGUGUCGUUUCAUUUUCCUGAGGGGAGGGAGUUACCGUUACCGGCGAAGAAUUACCUGAUACCGGUUGACUCGGUUGGGACAUUUUGCUUCGCGUUUGCACCAACGUCGUCGUUGUCAAUCAUUGGGAACGUGCAGCAACAAGGGACACGUGUCGGUUUCGAUAUCGGUAACUCGCUCGUUGGAUUCUCUGCCAACAGCUGCUAA